AUGUGGUCAUUAGAUCGAUUAUCCGCACACACAACCCCUUCCGCCUCUCCACCCCCCCCAUUAAAUAGGAUCCCAAAUCUCCCUCGUCGACCGAGUCAUCUUGUACCAUCUCCAGUUGGUGGUAGACCACCAUUCAACCCGAGAUCGUCUUCCCUAUCGUUAGUCUCCAGUGACUCGAAUUCAUCCUUGCUAUCAUCACGGAGACCCAAUGGUUCGAACCUCAAACAAGCAGUUACACCUCCGAAUGUGCCAGAUCCUAUGGAGGUUUUGGGAACACUAUUGAACAAUGAGGAAGGCAUAAAAUUGCCAUUAAGGAAGAGCUCGGGGACUGCAAACGGGACAGUCGCUCCCAUUAAAGAGGAAGACGAUGCAGGCGAAUGGGAUUUCGGAGGUUUAAGUCUGCAAGACAUUGUAGCAGGAGAACCUCUCGAUGUUGAGGUUGAGUCUGUAUACAAAUCUCAAACGCUGGAAGAAUAUGAGCGCGAUAAAGAAAAGUUCGAAGACCUCCAUCGAUCAAUUCGCGCCUGCGAUGACGUUCUUAAUUCAGUUGAGAUAAACCUCACCAGCUUUCAAAAUGAUCUUGCUAUGGUUUCUGCAGAGAUCGAAACCCUACAAGCACGAUCAACAGCUUUGAGUGUAAGGUUGGAAAAUCGCAAAGUAGUAGAGAACGGACUUGGGCCUAUAGUGGAAGAGAUCAGUGUCUCUCCAGCUGUCGUUAAAAAAAUCGUGGAUGGAGCUAUAGAUGAAGCCUGGGUUCGAGCAUUAGCGGAAGUUGAGAAACGAUCAAAGGCAAUGGAUGCUAAAUCAAAGGAGCAACGUGUCAUAAAGGGUGUGAACGAUCUUAAGCCUUUGCUAGAGAAUUUAAUUUCCAAAGCACUGGAAAGAAUAAGAAAUUUCCUCGUUGCUCAAGUGAAAGCAUUGCGAUCGCCCAACAUAAAUGCACAGAUUAUUCAACAACAGCACUUUCUUCGCUACAAAGAUUUAUAUGCAUUCUUGCAUAGACAUCACCCAAAGUUGGCUGAGGAGCUUGGUCAAGCAUAUAUGAAUACAAUGCGAUGGUACUUCCUUAAUCAGUUCACGAGGUAUCUGAGGGCGUUGGAAAAGAUCAAGCUUCAUGUAUUAGACAGACACGAUGUACUGGGAUCAGAUGAUGGGUCUCGUAAGGCUACCCUUCUUUCAGGAUCCAAACAAACAGGUCCACCACAUGACGCAUUCAAUCUAGGUCGGCGAAUCGACCUUCUCAAAACCCCAAGCCAAAAUGCACUUCCCUCCUUCCUAGCUGAAGAAGACAAACAGACCCAUUACAUGGAAUUUCCUUUCCGCAACUUCAAUCUCGCACUGAUUGACAACGCUUCCGCCGAAUACUCCUUUCUUACCUCUUUCUUCUCUCCUUCCCUAACCUACGCUACCAUCUCUCGACACUUCAACUACAUCUUCGAGCCCACCUUCUCCCUUGGCCAAUCUCUCACCAAGUCUCUCACCCACGAGUCCCAUGAUUGCUUAGGUCUCCUCCUAUGCGUGCGCUUAAAUCAACACUUUGCAUUUUCCCUUCAACGCCGCAAGAUCCCCGCCGUAGAUUCCUACAUAAACGCAACAUCCAUGCUUCUCUGGCCACGCUUCCAACUCACAAUGGACAUCCACUGCGAAUCCGUCCGUACCCUGACAUCCGCCCUCCCUACCCGCAAACCUUCAGCUUCAGAACAAGCUAAACAGUCCGCAGCGCCACACUUCAUGACCCAACGUUUCGGUCAAUUUCUACAGGGCAUCUUGGAAUUAAGUACGGAGGCAGGUGAUGAUGAACCUGUAGCGAGUAGUCUGGCAAGACUGAGAAGCGAAAUGGAAGCAUUUUUGACAAAGUGCGCGGCGGUCAUGCCGGAUAAGAGGAAGAAGGAACGAUUUUUGUUCAAUAAUUAUUCGUUGAUUUUGACAAUUGUAGGGGACGUAGAGGGCAAAUUAGCCGGGGAACAAAGGGCGCAUUUUGAGGGGCUAAAGAACUCUUUCGGAGAGGGUACCUGA